AUGAACCUUUUGAUUGUUUUUUUCUUUCCCAUUCUGUUUCUUUCUUGCUUACUUUCUAUUUUAUCUAUCUAUCAUUAUCUAUCUAUCUAUCUAUCUAUCUAUCUAUCUAUUCUAUCUAUCUAUCUAUCUAUCUAUCUAUCUAUCUAUCUAUCUAUCUAUCUCAGUCUAUUCAUAUCUAUCUACUCAUUUUUUUUCUUUCUUUCUUUUUCUUUUUCUAUUUUUCUUAUUCUGCUUCUUUCUUGCUUGCUUUCUUUUAUCUAUCUAUCUAUCUAUCUAUUUCAGUCUAUUCAUAGUCUAUUCUCUCUCUCUCUAAUUUUCUUUGUCUUUUUUUCUUUUCUUUCUUUCUUCUUUUUUUCUUUUAUCUAUCUAAUUUCUUCUUUCUUUCUUUCUAUUUUUAUCUAUCUAUCUUUAUCUAUCUAUCUAUCUAUCAUCUAUCUAUCUAUCUAUCUAAUUCUGUUCAUUUUAUCUAUCUAUCUAUCUAUCUAUCUAUCUAUCUAUCUAUCUAUUUCAGUCUAUUCAUAUCUCUCUCUCUCUAAUUUUCUUUGUCUUUUUUUUUUCUUUCUUUAUUUCUUUUUUUUUUUCUAUCUAAUUCUUUGUUUUUUUCUUUUUCUUUCUUUCUUUUUUUUCUUUCUAUCUAUCUAUCUAUCUAUUCUAUCUAUCUAUCUAUCUAUCUAUCUAUCAAUCUAA